CCUUUUAAAUUGCCAUGUGCUGCAUUUUAAAAGGUUACCAUCUGUCUUCCCGCUGCAGUAAUUAAUAAGAACCCCAAAUGGUGUUUUAGCGAACUGACUAAAUGCAACCCAAAUACCUAACAGGUAAACUAAACUAUCACUUCUUAAAUUACAUUUCUGUUUUCCUCCCCAAAACCACGUGUCAUCUUUUGAGGCUUCGCGUAGCUGUCAGUGGGUUUUACACAACGCGCCUUUGUAUUCGGAUUAAGCUUGCACAAAAACACAAUUCGUUUUAAAGACAUUAUUUUAGUUUCGUCGCUUUAUAACGGCCGAUUUGCACAACAUUUUUUUUUUUAAGCCAUGUUAACAAAAUUAUAAAUAUCGAGAUGGCGCAAUGCGCUCUCAUGUGACCGUUCCGUUGCUAAAAGGAACUGGGCUGCUGUCAACAAAACAGCAACCCGAAAAUAGCCUAAAAAAGGAGAAAUCACUAAAGCCAGCCUAUCAGAGCUCAAAUCCGGAAUGCAAACUUAUUUCGCUUAGACGGCCUGGAUCCCGGAGAGGAGAUUCGGGUACGGUACCGUGACACCGCUAUCCGACCCCCGGAUACCCGAAUCGGCACAAUGGACCGGCGCGGUGAUGUCGACCUGUCACCGAUCGCAGCCCCGAACGAUUACCAAGAUAACGGGGAAAGCAAAACAGAGGACGCUUACGAAACCUUACAGUUUGAUAACCCAGCCGAGCCGCAAUCUCGGACCGUGACUGGCCGCUGGGGAGAUGCAGGCUGGAGCUGUGGAAGGAGGAGGCCUGUGUAUUUGUUGCUGGCUGCUGUCAAUGCCGGACUCCUGGGAUCCGUGCUGAUCAUCGUGGCUCUCCACUAUUCUCACACCGCCAGGGGACUGCUCAGCUCAGCUGCCUCGCAACACGGCUGUCAGUCCAGUGACGAGUGCUGGCUUCUGCACCAGGAGAAGCUCUAUUAUCUCUCCACUCAGAAGGGAAGCUGCAUGUUUGCCAGCCACUUCUGUGCCCAGAGGCAGUCAAUCCUGGCUGCGCUCGGGCGAGACGGAGAGGGCUUCUUGGCAUCCAGAACUGGGUCUCGGUCGUUCUGGGUGGAGCCCUCUGGAGGUGAGGAGGACACAGACUUCAAUUUUGAAUCCUCUGGGGACAAUUGGGAGGAUGUAUUAAAUAGAGAGCAGAGCAGUGACUCACUCAGCAGGGGGGUGAUUAGCGAUAUUGAACAGAAACCGCUGGGAUCCGGAGCAGCUCAAUCAGGCUUGUUCUUCUCAUCUCUCCCUUCAUUGGCCAGAGCCCGUUGUUUUCAAGCAGAAAUUACUGGGAAAAAAACAACAACUUGAAAUACCUGGUCUACUCCUCUCCCUCAUCUGUGCCUUUUUGUCUGACAGGCGAGAAUUUGACAAUUUACGAACAGUAAAAUAAAAAGCUUU